AUUGAACCCCUUCAACUCAAUUUUUAACUCAAAAAGGGCAUGAAAGGGAUAAAAUUCGGUGUUUCUCCCGCAAAGCACCGUAGGAAGGAAAUGGUGUUCGACCCGAACCCGCUAUCCCUCAGCGUGCCCGAACCCGCUUUCGAGUCGUGGCUCCGCGACUCCGGCUACCUCGAAGUCCUCGACCAGCGCACCACCGACCUCCACCGCCUCUCCGCCGCCGGACCCUCCUCUUCCGCCGCCGCGAUUAGUUCCGACGGGGUAUCCCUCAUCUCGCGGCUCAUCUCUCGCAUCUGGACCGUCCUGUCGCUCCUCACCUUCAGCCCCUUCUCGAAGCUCUCCACCAGCGAUUUCACCGGCGCCACGCCGAGCUGGACCUUGGCGUUUUUCGGCUCGUCCGAGUCGUACUCGUUCCCGUCCGAGCCGUCGCAGGCUCGGCUCCGAGUGCAAGAGAACGUCAAGCGGUUUGCCCGCAACUAUGCAUCACUCUUCGCCCUCUUCUUCGCUUGCUCUCUAUAUCAGUUGCCAUUAGCCCUUGCCGGCCUCAUCUUGUGCUUUGCAUUGUGGGAGGCGUUUAAAUUAAGCAGUGAUCGUUGGGGAUUUGAUCGGUAUCCCUUAAUAAGACAAACUCUGAUCGGCAUUGCUCAAUGUGCCACUGUAGUGAUUCUAUUCAUUUCCAAGGUCCAAUUAGCAGUCUUCUGUGCAAUUGCCGUAAGCUACGCAGUCAUGAUAUUACACGCCUCGUUUAGAAAGUUGACCCCAUCGAACCCACCUGCUCCAAGAGGUGAUCACCGGAAAACGGCCAGAAAAUAAUGCCGACCAAACGCUGUGCGUUUUUUUUUCUUCUAAUAGAAUUUGGCAUUUUACAAGUUGUAUUGCAGAAAGUGUGCAGCUUGAUUCGGAUCAACUUUCGAAGAAGUUAUUUGCAGAACCUCAUUAAUUUUCGAGCAAUUAUAAUCCUCUGUAAAUUCAAUUUGAAAUCACAUGAAAUUAGGGAAUUGAGUUAUGCUUAUUCUCUCUGUUCACCGUUAAAGUUGGUAUUUUUCG